UAGAUUUUUUAGUCGUAUUUGAUGUAUUAUUAUUUUGUUCAAAAAUAUUAUGUGAUUAUUAAUUUGCAAUCAAUGAAAUUAAUAAGUUCUUAUUACAAAGUUUUUGAAAGUGUAUUAUUACUGAAUGAAUUAUUUAUAUAAUCGCUCAAAAUUUUAUUUAUUGUUAAUUUGUUGCAAAAUAUCAUGUGAACCAUAAUAAAGUCAAAAUCUCCAAGUUGUUGAAAAUAAGAUGAAAAAAAUAAAUCAGAUCACCAUUACAUAUCGCGGCGAAAAUCGUCAAAAAAUCUGAACAAUGACAAUCGCGGAGACCACAGAAUUGAAGAUGAAUUCUACGGGGGUUUCCAAUACCAUUGACGGGAUCCUCAAUCCCUUGAACAACAGGGAUCCGCAACAAUUGGAACAACAGAUCUCCAAUUCUAGCACGGAGGCAAACCCCCUAUUGGAGUCCAAUCGAGCUGAUCAUUCAUCGAUGAAAAUUGACACUUCUGUCAUGAAAUCGAAGAAAGUGGACAAGGAGGAGGAUGAUUGGGCGUCGAUGAACACCUCAAGAAGAGAUCCGGAAGUGAAUGAUUGUAACGCGAUCGUUCCACCUGAUGGUGGUCUCAGAGCUUGGAUGAUUAUGAUAGGCAGUUUCGUUAUUAAUGGUGUUCUAUUCAGCGUCAUAAACACGUACUCGUUGAUCUAUUUAGAGUUGCAGAAGAGAUUACUUGAGUCUGGAGAAACGGCAGCAUCUUCGAAGGCGGCGUUGGUAGGGUCAUUAACCAUCGGUACAACGUUCUUUCUAUCGCCAAUUUCUGGCAUUCUCACUGAUAAAAUUGGGAUUCAGAUGACCACAUUUUUGGGUGGUGCUCUUGCAUCCAGUGGUAUGCUUCUAUCCUCGAUAUUUUCUAGCAAGGUGACAUUACUCUAUUUGACCUACGGAGUGAUGUACGGUCUCGGUGCGAGUCUUGCCUACACGCCUAGCCUAGCGAUCUUGGGCCAUUAUUUUAAGAGAUACUUGGGCUUGGUCAAUGGGAUCGUCACGGCUGGAAGCUCUAUAUUUACGAUCCUUAUGCCGUACCUGAUUGAGGUCAUACUCCGCCGUUUCGGUUUGGAAGGCACGUUGAGGUUCUUAGCUAUGCUCACGGCGAUCGUCAUGCCUUGCGCUAUACUUUUUAAGCCGAUUCCACUUAACUCGAUGCCAAAGGAUCAAUUAUUAAAAUCCAAGUCGAGCUUCAAAAACUGUGUUAAGCAAGUGAUAAACGUCUCGAUAUGGAGGAAAAAACGUUACGUAGUGUGGGCUAGCUCCAUUCCCCUCGCUCUGUUCGGAUAUUUCGUCCCGUAUGUUCACAUAGGAAAAUUCGUGGCGACGGUGUUCAAGGACGCGGACGGGAAGCUCCCGAUCAUGUGCAUCGGUAUCACUUCCGGUAUUGGUCGAUUACUCUUCGGUUAUAUCGCUGAUUUGCCGAGGGUAAACAGAAUAUUGUUGCAACAGAUAUCAUUCUUUAGCAUUGGUGCUCUCACAAUGCUCCUCCCUGUUACACCUUCAUUUAUAAUAUUGCUACUUAUUUCUUUGGCCAUGGGAUUAUUCGAUGGUUGCUUUAUAUCCCUUUUGGGCCCCAUUGCAUUCGAUAUAUGCGGUCGAGAAGGAGCGACACAAGCUAUAGGAUUUCUGUUAGGCAUGUGUUCUAUACCUUUGACUGUGGGGCCACCCAUAGCAGGUUUUCUAUAUGAUCAUUCAGGUACCUAUGAUCUGCCUUUUUUCUUAGCCGGUAUUCCACCAAUAGCAGGGGCACUCACGAUGUUCCUGAUAAAAUUUGUAAAGGAUGAGGAGCAAAAUAGCGUUACCGCGAACACAGGGGAUAAAGCUGCUUGUCAGAAUGGGUGCUCCAGUAUCACCUUUCUGUCUCCGUAUCUUGUCACUGGUCUCAAAUACGAGCAACUAAGCUGGAAGGUGAUGUAUCCAGGCGUGUACGACCACCACUCGUCGAAAUGUUGCGGAUGUCACGAGAACAACACUUGCCAGGAACACGAGAACGAGUGUCAAGAUCGUUGUGAACACUCAGAGAGUUUGCCAUUGCUCCACGGUGAGGAUUGGUCAGCUUCUGGCCGCUUUCAACGGAUGCUGCAAUCAUCGAUGCUUCUGAAUUGAUUAGAUCAAGGAUAAAUAUUUAGAAAUCACUGAUUGAUUCCACUUUUUGAUAAAUUUUAGAUCAAAAUAUAUUAGUUUUUAAGAUUAAAUUGUAAAUUUCUUUUUUUUUUUUUUUUUGAUAAAAUUUAAUACUUGAUUGCAUAGUACUAUCUUUUAUUAUAAUCAUAAUGACAUAAUGUCCUAUGAUUUAUGAAUGAUGAUGAAAUUGAUGAAAUCAAUCAGUUUUGAAUUUCUAUAUUAUUCAAAUAUAGCUUUUCUCUAAAUGAUAAUAAUAAUUUAAUAAAUUUGUACUAACAAUUCUUUGAUAAUCGAAUUUGCAUUUAAUCUAUUGAUAUUAAUUAGUGAACUUACAGCUCAAAAGUUUAGGAUCACUUAUCAGAAAGAAAAAUUUACUUUAAAAAAAAAUUGAAUUUUUUAAAAGAAGAUAAUUUAUAUGCAUUUUUUGCAUUUAAAAUCAAAAAACAUAAAAAUCAAAACUAUAUUUUUAUUUUUAUUUCGUUCUUCCUUUAUUUUAAAACUUUUGAGCAAUAAAAUGAAAGUGAAUUCGGAAAGCAGCGGCAAUCGAUAGAUUUUAAGGCCACUCUGACUAAUUUUCAACGUUUAGUCCAUGUAUGUAAAUGUCAAUUUUUUCAUGUUUCUUAAUGACAACGAAUGUUUGUAGUUUUCUAUAGUUGUUGAAGAAACAUAAAACGAGAAUUUUUAGCGUGUUUGCGUUGAUUAGAAAUCAAAACAAAUAGAAAAAAAUAGAAAAAAAAAAAAUGUUUUAUAAAUUGAAAAUGAGAAGAAAUCUUAUUCAUUUAGGAAUGAGACUUUUUUCUCAACUCGUUCUGUGCUCAAAAAAAAAAGCAAUACUCGUGUCAAUAUUUU